AUGGCUCGCACUAAGCAAACUGCUCGUAAAUCUACAGGUGGAAAGGCUCCGCGAAAGCAGCUCGCUACAAAGGCUGCUCGUAAAUCUGCACCAUCAACUGGUGGCGUUAAAAAGCCCCAUCGUUAUAGGCCUGGUACCGUCGCUCUUCGUGAAAUUCGGCGCUACCAGAAAUCCACGGAGUUGCUAAUCCGCAAGCUCCCAUUCCAACGUCUAGUUCGUGAAAUCGCUCAGGACUUCAAAACGGAUCUUCGUUUCCAAAGUGCUGCUGUUGGUGCUCUCCAAGAGGCUUCCGAGGCUUACCUUGUUGGACUUUUUGAAGAUACAAACUUGUGCGCAAUUCACGCUAAAAGGGUGACAAUUAUGCCGAAGGACAUUCAACUUGCACGCCGCAUUCGUGGUGAACGGGCUUAG